GUUCGAUCUGUCAACGCUCCCUCAUCAGCCUUACCUUUUACUGUACCCGCCGCCAAGCUUCUAUUUUGCAACGAUGAAUUCCAAAGGUGGGACUCGGGGUGGUGCUAGAUGUGGUGCUCGGUGCAGACGAUUGCGGUCGCUUCAAGCUGUGCCGCCCCCAUCUCCCCAUGACAUGUCUUCCUUUGUAUAUUGAGAUCAAGCUUGCGGAAACUUCCUCACGCCAUUGCCAGUCUUUCAACUCGAUGCGGACAACCAAAUCUCACGACCGUGGCUGUGAACCUCAAUAACCUAUUGGGCCGCAAUUGGCCCUCGUUUAUUUCUCCUUGCCGAGCCGAAAGCACGCACUGUCACGGUUCUUGUGCCUCCCAAGACAGAAUCAACUUGGCGACCACUCAUAUAUUUACCUGAGGCAGUCGUGUCUACAACAUCAACCUGCGCAGUUCUUAUAUGACUGUUGGAAUUCCCAAGUGCUUCCUAGGCCAUCACCCACCAUUCAUGUGCCAUGUCUCAGAUGGCUUUGCCUCUCAGUUGCCGAUUCCAGGUCUCGGAUUGUUAUUUGUCAGACAAAUCCCUCAAAUCCGCCAACUUUACUCCCGAGCUUAUUUUGCACUCUCCAACCGACGGAAUGGGUUCCAGCCCCCAGGAGGGUGGUUUUCUAGACCCCGGCGCGGGGUCAUCAUCCGACCAGGACCUCCGCAAAUGCCACGAAUCCGCCAACCAACGCUCAAAGAAGCGGGAGCUUCGUCGACAAAACUGGGAGCAACAUCGGGCCACCAUCAAACGCUUGUAUAUUGACGAGGGCAGAAAACUCAAUGAUAUUGUUGAGUUUAUGACGCGGGAGCAUGAUUUUGUCGCCAACUCGCGAAUGUACAAGCACCGACUCAGUCAGUGGGGAUUGAUCAAAUAUAACCGCGAAUCGGAUGUACAGCGUGUUUUGUUGGAGAAGAAGAGGAGGGAGGCCGAGGGCAAAGAUAGUCAUAUCGAGAUCAAUGGCCGUCCAGUCGACUUUGAGCGCAUCCAAAAGUAUCUGCAGCGCAGGAAGGUUUCAGUGGAUGAUUUUAUCGAAGACAAUUUCGAAGCCGGUGGCAGCAUCAUGGAGAAUCCCGGAACACCUUCAAGGGAAGACGCCCUGUCCAUCACGAUUCGCACACCAUCACCCUUGCCAUACUAUAGGGAACCAACAUUACCCGCGCCUCCCAUGUCACUAGGAUUGUCCCUUUCUCCAAUUCCACAACAACCAUCAUCCUCGCCGGUCUUCCAGGUCGCUGAGGAAGUGAUAUGGGAUACCCGAGCAUGCGCCUCAGAAAUAGCCGACAGGGAUGACUACGCCAAGGUCGCCCAGCCAACCCCUCUCGGAAUCGCAUUUACGGACUCUGUUAUGAUGAUUCGCCUAUUCAUGACGGAAAAUGAUCCCAACCAGGCGGGGGAAUACAUGCAGCAUGCAUGUGAUCAAAUAAAGGACCUCCUCCAGCAAGCACCGUUGGAAGCCCUCCUCUGUCUCUUUGAAGCGGUUCUCUUCUUGGCAGAAGUCGCGCCGGAAGUGGUCGCGCUGAUCCUACAGCAUGCUGCGGACAUGUCUGCUGUGCUGGUGACUCCUGGGACACAUCCUAUGCGUCAUGUCCUCACCAAGUUUGCAGAGAUAUCCAGGGGGAAAGACCCGGACUCCAUGCUUGCUCUCAGACAAACGGCCGCCAGGGCUUUCCAGUGUCAUUUGGCCACAUGGGAUCGUAUUCUGGGUCCCAGAUCGCCAGUGAUGCUAUAUUGGUAUAUCCGCUACUUGCGCGUCCUGAGCCCUGAGGAUGUGGCGGAUGGCCAUUUUCACAGCACUGAGCGCCUGGUGCAUGAAAUGCUGAGCCUGGAGUGGUAUAAAGCUGCGCCCAGGACGUCCACAUUAGCAGAAGAGCUUCGUGGGAACAUGUCAGCGGGGAUUCCCUUGGAGCGCUGCUCUAUGCUUGUCCGUUGGGAGAUGGCAUAUGCGCGGUCUGCGCCUACCAUUUAUCGACUGCUCCAAACUUUGCUUGCCAAUCUCGAGCGACAUGCCACUUCAUCUGGCUCGGGGUUAUCUGUCUCGCAAGCAUUCAUUCACUUUAUUCUUGCUGGGUCUGCGAGAGAUCUGAAGAGGCCUCCAGACGCAACUAGUCAUGGCAGCCGUGCAGUGGAAAUUUUAGGCAGUCUUGGUAUGCAAGACACUGCCGAUAGUGUACAAAUUUGGAUGGAUAAAUGGGAGGAUAUUGCACAUAUCGGGACUGAUGCCUAUAGGGCACAACUUCGGAUGGCUGCCUUUGGCCAAUAGGCCUAAUGCGCGUAAAAUUUCAUGCUUGACCGCGCACGAAUGGGCAUUAAUCAAUGUUAGGUCUGAACUAGACCCGGCUUUAUGGAUUGUUCUUUUUUGCAUAAGAUGCCCAAGCAUCGCAGCACUCAUCGGUGAAUACAGUACUUCGCCAAUAGACUCUAUUUCUGGAAUCCCCAGGGGGGGGCUACCGUAUGUCUGAAGUAACCAACGGUAGCGACUUGGCAAGUUUGGAACCAAUUGGCGCAGUGGGGGUAAGCGUAUGACCACCGGAAUCGGUUCACCGGAGCGGAGAUGUUAGAUUACUGGGGAGAGCACACCAACAGUAAAGCAGGCCUGUCUACUGGUGAUCGAGAAUGCAUGUCUCCUGCUUCUGCGACUCUUUGCAUCAACCCUCGUCUAUAUUUGUAUCACUUCGGUGCCACUACAAUAUUACUUUUUGAGCCUCCCUGAAGGUGUAUCGGC